CCUACCUUGGUGAGUUUCUCAAACCCUAGAACGCUUUCGUGUUGCGCAGCGAAGAACAGACAGCUUAAGAGCCUCGCCGUCGCCCAUACUUCUGUGAAAAUGUCGGUCGGAGAAAUUGCUUGCUCUUAUGCUGCUCUCAUCCUCUACGACGAUAACAUCCCCGUCACCGCAGAGAAGCUUGCCACGCUUGUAAAAGCUGCUGGAGUGGAUGCGGAGUCCUACUGGUUCAGCCUUUUUGCUAAGCUUGCCGAGAAGCGUAACAUUGGGGAUUUGAUCAUGAACGUUGGGGCUGGCGGAGGUGCCGCAGUCGCUGCUGCUGUUCCAGCUGGUGGAGCCGGUGGGGCUGCUGCCGCAGCUGCACCUCCUCCGGAAGAGAAGAAGGAAGAACCAAAGGAGGAGAGUGACGAUGAUAUGGGAUUCAGUUUGUUUGAUUAGAUCAAACAUGGCUUUGCAUAUUUUGAACUAGGUUGACUAUCUUUUGAAUGCCAGAGGGCUUUCUUGUUACUUUUCUGAUUUGUAGUUUUGGACGUCCGUGACAAAAAUUUGCCUGAAGUUUUGUUUUGAAUUUGAAUUUGAUCGCAUCUUUUUGGUUUAUAUUAUCUUAUGUCCUCUCAGUAGC